AUGGACCCACCGUCGCUGAGCCCAGACUCCCAAACUCAGCCCGCGGCCCCCUCUCUGCUGACUUCCUACCGCUGGCACACAGGGGCCAGUGGGGAGAAGGGGACCAGAGGGUUCCGCUGGGGCCGCCUUGCCGGCUGGGGAAGGGCACUGAGCCACCAGGAGCCCAUAGUCAGCAGCCAGCCUGCCCCUCGCUCAUUAUUCCGUCGAGUCCUCUCUGCACCCCCCAAGGAGUCAAAGACCAGUCGCCUCCGGCUAUCCAAGACCCUCUGGGGGAGGCAGAAGAACCCAUCGCUGGAGCAGGAUCUGGAGCCACAGGCCCCAGAGCCAGAGACAGAGACGGAGCCCCCUGCCACACAGAUCCCUGAGGCCCCUACACCUGAUGUACCUGUCUGGGACAUUGGGGGCUUCACCCUACUCGAUGGGAGGCUGGUGCUGCUUGGAGGCGAGGAGGAGGGUCCUCGCCGGCCCCGGAUGGGAAGUGCUAGCUCUGAGGGCAGCAUCCAAGUGGCCAUGGGGAACCUCAGGGAUCCAGAUCGGAUCCCUGGGAAGACUGAGCCAGAGGCUGCUGGACCCAACCAGGUCCACAACGUUCGGGGGUUACUCAAGAGGCUGAAAGAGAAGAAAAAGGUCAGGUCAGAGCUGGGAGCCAAUGCUGCCCGGGAUGGAGAAUCGCUGGCCACACUCUCGGAGCUGGACCUGGGCGCCGAGCGGGACGUCCGGGUCUGGCCACUGCACCCUAGCCUCCUGGGGGAGCCCCACUGCUUCCAGGUAACGUGGGCUGCAUCCCUGCCCCUGCUCAUGGACUCCGUCAUCCAGGCCCUGACUGAGCUAGAGCAGAAGGCACCGGUGACCAAGGCCAGCUGCACCCCCUCUGCAUGGAUGCUGUCAGCCCAGGACUCUGGCCCCCGUGAUCCCCUCCACCACUUCCUACUGGAGUUGCAGAGUCUCAAGGCUGCUGAGAUGGAUCACCAUGCACUGAGCCCAGAGUUGCAAAGCCUGGCCAAGGAGGUGGCCCGACAUGGUAUACGGGGCAGGCAGGAAUACGGGGUGGUGCUGGCACCUGAUGGCUCAACUGUGGCCGUGGAGCCUCUCCUGGCAGGUCUGGAGGCAGGGCUACAGGGGCGCAGGGUUGUAAAUUUGCCCCUGGAUGGCACGGCUACCCUUCUGGAUGCUGGAGCCAACUUUCCAGAUGUUGCAGCCACAGCACCAGAUGUAAGAGCCACCUCUCCAGGACUUAGAGAUGCCUCUCCAGAUGUCACCUCUGCAGAUGUUGGAGCCAAUUCUCCAGAUGCUGGAACUAGCUCUCCAGAUGUCCGAGCCUCCUUGCCAGAUGCCAAGUCCCCAACUACUGUGGACAGCCUCCUGGCGGUCACACUGGCUGGAAACCUGGGCUUGGCCUUCCUCCAGGGCGCCCAGAUCCGGAGCCAUCCAGGUCUGGGAAUGGAGGGCUGCUGGGACCAGCUUUCAGCCCCCCAGAACUUCACACUCUUGGACCCCAAGGCAUCGCUGCUCACCAUGGCCUUCCUCAAUGGUGCACUGGAUGGGGCCCUCCUUGGAGACUAUCUGAGCCGGACCCCUGAGCCUCGGCCUCCCCUCAGCCACCUGCUAAGCCAGUACUACGGAGCUGGGGUGGCUGGAGACCCAGGGCUCCGCAGCAACUUCCGACGGCAGAAUGGGGCUGCUCUGACUUCAGCCUCUAACCUGGCCCAGCAGGUGUGGGGGGCCCUUCUCCUGCUACAGAGGCUGGAGCCAGCACACCUCCAGCUGCAGGGCAUGAGCCAAGAACAGCUGGCCCAGGUGGCCACCUAUGCUACCAAGGAGCUCACUGAGGCCUUCCUGGGAUGCCCGGCCAUCCACCCGCGCUGCCGCUGGGGAGCGGCGCCAUACCGGGGCCGCCCGACGCCGCUGCAGCUGCCUCUCGGGUUCUUGUAUGUGCAUCACACGUACUUGCCCGCAUCACCCUGCACGAGCUUCGCGCACUGCGCAGCCAACAUGCGCUCUAUGCAGCGCUUCCACCAGGACACGCGCGGCUGGGACGACAUCGGCUACAGUUUCGUGGUGGGCUCGGACGGUUACGUGUACGAGGGCCGCGGCUGGCACCGGGUGGGCGCGCACACGCGCGGACACAACUCCCGAGGCUUCGGCGUGGCCUUCGUGGGCAACUACACGGCAUCGCUUCCCACCGAGGCCGCGCUGCGCACGGUGCGCGACCUGCUCCCGAGUUGCGCGCUGCGCGCCGGCCUCCUGCGGCCCGACUACGCGCUGCUCGGCCACCGCCAGCUCGUGCGCACCGACUGCCCCGGCGACGCGCUCUUCGGCCUGCUGCGCACCUGGCCGCACUUCGCCGCGACUGUGUAGCCAAGAACUGCAAGGAGAGCCUCUCGGAAAUCCAGGGGGGAGCCAUCCUCAAUGAUCCUGCCAGCCACAGACCUCCAAUAA